AAUGAAAUUCUUUUGUAUUCCUUCACUUUUUGCAUGUAAAAAUGGCGUUGUGGAACAAUCAGAUUUUAGCCAACUUAAAUUGGAAAGUGUGCCCAAAGAAAUUAUAAAAAGCAGAAAAUAUAUAGAGGAAUUAUUGCUUAAUGUUAAUUCUAUUGAAGAACUUCCACCGGAUUUAUUUCGUUGCACAAAAAUCCGCAAACUUGAUGUUAGCGAAAAUAAAAUUAAAGUAAUACCUACAGAAAUUGGAAUGUUAUUUUCUUUGGAGGAAUUAAAUUUAAGUAAAAAUGAAAUUGUUGAAAUUCCAGAAGAAAUUGGUUGUUGUCAAAAUCUUGUUUGUUUGGAUAUUAGUACAAAUAUUUUAACUGGUUUUCCAAAAUCAUUUGUGGAUUUAACCAAUUUAGCAAGUCUUAAUUUAUCAAAUAAUUCACUUACACAUUUGCCGGCUGAUAUUGAUCAUCUUGUUAAUUUACAGUUUUUGGACAUUGCCCAAUGUGAAUUGCGUGCUUUGCCCCCCUCAAUUGUUCGUCUACGUCUUUUAAAAGUUUUGGAUCUUUGUGACAAUUAUUUGACAGAUCUUCCCUCAGAAAUGGGAGGUUUAGUUAGUUUGGAAAUGUUGGAUCUUCAUUGCAAUAUGGUCAGUCAUUUACCUGAAAGUCUUUUAAAUUGUGGAGCUUUGCGGUCUCUUGAUAUGAGUGGAAAUCAAUUAAAUGAGUUACCGGCAAAUAUUGGGGAUUUGAAAAAUUUGAUGGAAUUGACUAUUUGCGAAAAUCAAAUUAGACAAUUGCCGAGCUCUAUUGGUCAAUUAAAACGUCUCGAAUCACUCAAAUGCGCAAAAAAUUGUUUGUCAGAAUUGACUCCCUCAAUUUGCUCUUGUGUUCAAUUAACAGAUUUAAUUCUUUGCGAGAAUCGAUUAAAUGAAUUACCAGCAAGUAUUGGGAAUCUUUCUAAAAAUUUACAAGUUCUUGAUUUAAUUGACAAUAAUUUGAAAUAUUUGCCUUAUACAUUAACGGUUCUUUACAAAGCUAAAACUCUAAAUGCUUUGUGGCUUUCAUUUAAUCAACCAUCAUUACCCAAAUUAAGUACUAUAAAUGCUCCGAUUACGAAUGUUAAGGUGCUCACUUGUUAUUUACUUCCUCAACAAGAACAACCACAAAAACAAUCUUCACAACUCAAAACCUCUUCUUGCGUUGGAGGUGCUCGUGUAUGUUUUGCUGGUGAUCGGGCUGAAGAAUUUGAAGAAGAUAAAGUUCCGAUUGGGAAAUUUGAACGUUAUGAUACUCCACACCCAAAACCUUUUGCACCAAAAAAUAGAAAUAGAAAUUCUACUGAACUUUCUGCAGGUGUUACUCUUCCUUUAAGCUCUUCUAGAAGUGAAAAAUCUGAGGCCCAGAACAUUUCUGGAAAUAAAUCAAAUGAUCAGUCAGUUAUCGAGGAAAGUCGUCCACUUCGUUCUGUUCUCAAAAGGCGACCCCAAUCUGUUCUUUCAUUAAUUUCUACUUCUGAAUUAUUGCCUGCAUUAUUGGGAGCAAAUAACAAUUCAACAGAAAAUGGAGAAACGGCAGGAAUGAAAAUUAAAAAAUCUGUUCGGAAAAAUAUUCAAUUGAAGAGAGGAGAUGCAGGAUUUCAAUGGACAAUUGUGGGAGGAUCUGAUUCUCUUCCUUACAAUGGUAAAAACGGUCUUUUCAUUUCUCAACUUGUUCCUGGUGGUGUAGCUGAAAAGGCUGGAUUCCGAGUUGAUGACCAAAUACUUGCUGUUAAUGGCGAUGACAUUCGAGGACUUAGUCAUUCUGAUGUUGUGAAAUUUAUUAAAAAUGCUGGGAAUGUUUUGGAAUUUUUGGUGGAAAGAGAUCAAAUUAUUGAUGAUCAAAUGCAACGCUCAACUUCUUGUCUUGCAACACAACAAGCUUUUCCUGCUUCAAAACCUAAUGAGCGUCACUCUUUUCGUAUUAUUCGUGAUGGGAAUGGUUGUGUUCCUUUCACUGUUUCUGGUAAUGGAAGAUGGCCACAAGACCCGUUCUCUAUUUCGGCAAUUAAAACAAGUAUUGAAUGUCCACUUUUGCCGGGUGAUAGAAUUAUUUCAAUUGAUGGAACAAAUGUUAAAUUUGGCGCUAGAUUAGAUCAGGUCCGAACUCUUUUGACUGGAUUGCCAGGGACAAAUGUAACAGUUGGUAUUGAGAGAGGCAAUUAUUUACCUGACAAUGUCCAAAAUGAUAAUCUUCAAGUUACUCCAUUAACAUGUAGUACAGCUUUUACUGAAUUGAGUCUUUCACGUUCUUUACCAUCUUUGUGUAUUGUAACUAAUGAAUUGGCUAAUCAACAACAAAAUCAAAAGAAACCAAUAAUUAAUGGUGUUUCUUCUGUCCCUCCUCAAAAUAAAAAUAUUUCUCAACUUCAACAACAACACCAUUUCAAUCGCCAUUCAAGUCUUCGAUCCAACCCAACAACGGCAUUUUCUGCAACUAGACCACCUCUUCCACUUCCUCGACAUCAUCGUUCACUAAGCAAUUUGGCAGAAAUUGAAGGAGGAAAUAAAAUAACUCCCGAAAUGUUACGUUCUUCAACACCAAUAGAAUACCCACCUGGAGAAGAACCAAAAAUAUUUAGUCAAAAUAAUUUUGUUAAUAAUAAUAAUGAAAAUAAACAACAAACGUUAUCCACCCAAAUAAAAUCAAAUAAUGCUGUUAAUCAACAAUCAAAGCCAACAAAUUUUUCAAGUAUUUUGCCUCCUUCACCGGCAAAAAUUUUAUCUUCCCCUUCCAAUAAUCGAAAUACUUCUUUUUCUCCAACACAAAAAGCAACGAAUUAUAUAAACAAUAAUGGAUUUUCUACAAAACCUUCAAAAAUAGAAAAACCUUUGGCUACUUCAACGCCUAUUCCACCACAAGAAAUUAUUUCAAAUUUAUCACAAAACAACAAGUCUUCACACAUCCCAAAACCAACGACAAAUAGCAUUCCUCCAGUAAUUGAUGUUGGAAAUAGUAAAAUUCCUCCCCCAAUUGCUCCAAAACCUAAGGUGACACAUGAUUCAUCAAUAAAUUCAACAAAAUCAACAAAUAUUCCUUCAAUUGAACAGAAUAAUUCAAAGCAGUCGUCCGGGCCGUCAUUCAGUUCCAAACUGAAGUUAUUCGAGCAUUUGCAGACGACCAAUAAUUCUGUUUCAACAAAUGUUGGAAAUGUUACAACAAUUCCACAACGUCCUUCAGGAAUUCCGUUAAAGAAGCCUUUAGUUAAUCCUCAAGAAAUGGAAAGACUUCGAGAAACAUCUUUUGGGUCUCUAAAUAAUAAAAAAGUUUUGGGAAAUGAUUUUUCUUUACAAGAAGAGGAUGAAGAAGAGGAACAUUUAAAUUCUGUUGAACAGCUAGACUCUUUACUUAAUGAUAGUCGAUCUGACCAGCCUUCAAUAAUUCGAACAAAGAAAGCUGAAAUUAGAGCUGAAAGGGAUAGAAUUGCUUCAUCUCCAUUAAUGGCAAAUGGCACUACUGAUCAGCAACGAAGUGAUACCCCUCAAUCUAGAGCAAGUUCUUCACUUAGCCAAAGAGCUGCAGAAAUUGAAAAACGCAGAGAAUGGAGACAAGCCAGACUUCAAAGCAUGGAUGUUGAAUCUAGACGUACGGGAGAUUUGGUAAAAAUAAUUGCUAAUGCCACAACGACAGAAGCGUCAGCUUCAACAUAA